AUGCUGAGCUUCCUGCUACGUGGUCCCCCAGUGAGGUUGUGCAUGGGCCUUGCCUGUGUCCUGUCCCUCUGGAACACAGUGUCUGGCCUUAAAAGAAAAUCCAAGAAAGAAAAAGAAAGGACCUUUUCACCAACAGCAGAUAAAUGGGCAGGGUCUGUCCUUAGAGGAGAAGAGAGGAAAGAAAGGGAGGUGGCAUUUCUUGCUACCACAGAGCUCCCUGCAAGGUCUGUCGAUCUGUCCGCACUUAACCUGACAGAGCUCGUGAAUGGGAUGCUGAGCAGAGGUUUAAAAGAGAGCAAGAGGUUCUUCUCCUUGCUGAGCAUUACUUCCUACAGUUCCUUUGCCUUCCACAAAGUUUCCGUGGCCAUUUACAACAUUUCUAACCCAAAGACAGUGGACCCAGCCAAAUUCCACACCAGGUACUGCUAUUGUUUGAAUAACCGGACCAAUGACUUAUCAGAUUUUACAGCCCUGCUGGUGGACAUCAUUGGGAACUCUACCAGCUACCUUACGGAGAUUUUUAAGUCAACCUCCAUUCUCUCAGUGAGUCAGACGAAUGAAUCUGAUUGCAUCUUCAUCUGCGUGAUGGCAGGAAAGUCAGGAAGGAAUCUUUCUGACUUCUGGGUGAUGGCUGAGAGACCCCCUGUUAUCAAUUACACAUUCACCAGCAAUGCAGCUGGUACCGUUGGUGCAGCUACCAGAGAAGCAGCUGGGACAUCAAAGCCCACAACCCAAAGCCAACGGACACUGGCUAGGACAAGACUUCCACACUGGGCUCUGAGCACACCCUGGACGUCUCCUCCAAGGACAUUCCCCCUCGGAAAGAUAAGUUCUCCUUCAGAGGGAGAGGCAAUGGGGAACACAGAAAGGUUCCUUGAGUUUCCCAAGGCUACAGCCACCUGGAGCAGUGCCUUUCACACCCUCUCAGCCUUAGCUACAGUCACUCCUGGCACACAGACUCCUAAUCCAACCAAAGCACCAGCCCCUCGAGAGCCACAAACAGGUGAUAUCCCUGUAGAGUGGCCAUUGACACCUACGGAAGAGCCAGUCCUGGUCCCAGCACCACACCAAGUUUCAAGGUGUCCUCAGUUGCCUCUCAAAGAGGGGGCCGUGACAGCUGCUCCUCUUCCCCUGGCCAUCCAGAAGCUCAACCUAUGCCUGAUGGAGCUGUGCCGCUUCUUCCAGCAAUGCCUCUGUGUAAGCCAGAUGAGGGAUCCAAGUUCAGAUGCCAUGAGGUACUGUCUGGAAUACUACUCCUGGUUUCUGAAGAAUGCAACAUUGAUCUGUCAGCGGGUGAAGAGGGUAUCCCACUCACGCACCUUGAAGCAGAAAUGCCUUGAGAAUGUCUGCAAGUCUGUGUGA